AAUUACAGAAGACUCUGCAGUGACAACAUUUGAAGCGUUAAAGGCUCGUGUCCGUGAGUUAGAAAGGCAGCUUUCCCGUGGGGACCGCUAUAAAUGUCUCAUUUGCAUGGACUCCUACACAAUGCCCCUGACUUCCAUUCAGUGCUGGCACGUGCACUGUGAAGAAUGCUGGCUGCGGACUCUGGGUGCCAAGAAGCUCUGUCCCCAGUGUAACACCAUCACGUCUCCCGGAGACCUUCGGCGCAUCUACUUAUGAAGGACCCAGCAGGAGGGCGGGACCCAGCUACUUGGCUCAGCUCAUCACAUCAAGGGGGAGAAGAACGACAGCAACAAAAAAAAAGACGUUUUAAAAUAUGAAAAAGAAAAAAAAACAUACCAGAGACUCCAGACAUGGACUCGAGGAUAUAGGAGCAGUGGGGGGCCUCGGCUCCCAGGUCCCGCGUGUUGAGACCUCCUUCAGCAUCUGCAGCGGGCAAAAACAAAAUCUUUGUUGUGAAGUCCCCUUUUUUAAAACCAGUAUUCCCCAUCUACCCCAUUCCCUGGAGCUGGCUUUGCAUCGCGGAUGGCUCGUGAGCCCUCCUUUGGACUGUGUUGUUGACCACUCUGCGCCCAGGAGACUGGGAGAGGGACCCUUGACAGAAAGAUGUUAAAUAACCUGUAACUUGUGUUCUUUGUUCAGUUUUUUGUUUUGUUUUUAUUUGUUUUGGUUUGGGUUUUGGUUUGGUUCUGUUUUGGUUUUUUGUGGUGUUCUAGUGAUAAAAAAAGGUUUAAAGAAAAAAAAAAA